GAAACUAUACGUGCGCAAAGCUAGUUUUACAAAGCUCCCGUUUAUCGGACUCGUUGUCGGUUGAAGGCGCUUUUUAGAUUGACCGCUGAGGUCAUCGGGGUCACAGGCUUUCCACGUGCUUCAUUCGUUGGUGUCCAACAACCAUACAAUGUCUCUCCCUAAAGUGUUUUUCGAUGUGGCAGCCGCUGGGUCUCCCCUUGGAAGAAUCAUAAUGCAGUUGCGUAGUGAUGUUGUGCCUAAAACAGCAGAAAAUUUCAGGGCCUUGUGCACAGGUGAAAAAGGAUUUGGAUUUAAAGGGUCUUCUUUCCAUCGAGUCAUACCCGGUUUCAUGUGUCAAGGAGGCGAUUUCACAAACCAUAAUGGAACUGGUGGAAAGAGCAUCUAUGGGAACAAGUUUGCAGAUGAAAACUUCACACUGAAGCAUACUGGAGCGGGAAUAUUGUCGAUGGCCAAUGCUGGACCCAACACAAAUGGAUCACAGUUUUUCCUUUGCACAGUCAAGACUCCAUGGUUGGAUGGUAAACAUGUGGUGUUUGGAUCUGUGGAAGACGGUCUGGAUGUAGUGAAGAAGAUUGAAAGUUAUGGCUCCGCAAAUGGAGCAACCAAAAAAAAAAUUACUAUCGAGAACUGUGGCGAGCUUUAGUUUCUUAAGCCGACAGCUGUGUCUUUCAAAUGCUAUCGGAACAAUUAUCACUGAAUGACAGGUGUACAGAUAUUAAUUAUGCACAUGCACAUUAUCAUUUCUAUGGGUCGCAUUAAGAAUACUGUGAAUUUUUGAAAUUAGCAUGUUGAAUGAUUCAAUUUAGAUCACAUCUAGUGUCAUUUGUAUUUUGUUAAGAUUUGUUAAAGCUGACAUUAAAAAUGACCAACCAUUGACAGGUUAUACAAAAAUAUAAGUUCCUGCACCAAAAUAUCCCUGGUUACAGGAAGAUGACCAAUUAAAUUGAUCUAUUUACAACAGUGUCAAAACCCCUGACUGUUAUGCAGUAUCAGUUUUAAUCUGUGCUACCUUUUGUGGUUCAUUUUAUGUAAUAUAGCAUGUCAUAAUGGUUGUACUGUACGGAGUUCUUGACAGCUUUUUAAUUAUAUUCGAUCCCACCAAACAUUCUAUGUGCAUUUUAUUUAGCUUGUGUAUUCUUUUUCAUCCUUGAUACUUCUUUGUGCUACCUAAAUAAAAUCUGCUGUAAACUUA